AUGAAUCAGAAUCCUGGAGACCAUUGGCGCGGGCCCGGAGGUCCUCCCCAGGGUGAGGCUCAACCGCAAGGAAGACCGUUUGCCAGCUUCGGGCCUAAUGGGCCGGCGCAACCUCCUCCGCAUGUCCUACCGCCGCCGCCCUCGUCUUAUCAUCAACACCAUUCGCAGCCUUCUGGAAGUCACAGCCUGUCCAUCGCAGAUUUGACUCAAGGUCCUCCAAGUCACCAGCAACAUCAAUAUAAUACUCAGCCUCCACCUCCCCAGGCUCAAGGUCACCCUAUCGGGGGGCCUAUGGGACAUAACAUGCCACAGCACUCACCUCCGUACCUCGGUCGUGAUAGAGAGAUGAGAGAGCUCCGAGAGCGAGAAAUGAGAGAGCACGACAUGAGGGAGAUGCAAAGACAAAGAGAUGAAAUGAUGAUGCGUGAACGUGAACGGGAGCGUGAGCGCGACGCUCAAGAAAGGGAUCAAAUGGAGCGCAUUCACCGAGAGCAACAGCAGCAACAGCAACAGCAACAGCGUCCAGUUCAGAGCCACGCCGGCUCCAUUCCAAUCCAUCAGCCGGUCGCCUCAAAAGUCCAAAACUCGAUUCAUGGUCCCAACGGCCUACUGGCGAACGGCGGUCCGGGCGCUUCCACCGCGGGCAGCCUCUUUGGAGGGCCGGGACAGCAUGAAGCGCAGAGACCAUCACAAUACAUGCAGCAGCCAGUGCCGGCGGCACCUCCACAACCGGGUCAGUCUUUUAUGCCAGGUCCGUCUCCGAUGCCCGCUCCAGCGCAACUAGCACACGGCCAACAACCCAUCUUGAAUGAUGCUCUAAGCUACCUUGACCAAGUCAAAGUACGAUUCAGCGAUCAUCCAGAUGUGUAUAACAGGUUUCUGGACAUUAUGAAGGACUUCAAGAGUCAAGCGAUCGAUACACCAGGAGUUAUUGAACGUGUUUCAAAUCUCUUUAACGGUCAUCCCGCUCUGAUUCAAGGGUUUAACACCUUCCUCCCACCUGGAUACCGUAUAGAAUGCGGGACCGAAGAGAACCCGGACGCGAUCAGGGUCACAACUCCCAGUGGGACGAUGACCCAAUCCCUUCAGGGCAGAGGACGCGCACAAUUCGAGCCUGCCCCACAACCUGCAGGAGCUCGACAAGAUACAUUCGAAAGUAGACAUGGAUGGGGACAGCCUCUUGGUGCUUCACCAGGCGUUAGACCAGCAGAACUUCCUGCUUAUAAGCCAGGGCCGGGGGAAAGACCCAUGGAUGAAGUCUCGAAUGCAAUCACUCAACAAGAACAGCGUGGUGUCUCAACUUUGCAAAGUGCAGUCACUGCAGUAACAAACGGAGUGACAAGGCCAGCUCUUGCUGUAUCACCUGGACCAGGUCAAGGCGGCGCAUACCCUCAGCAGACCGCGGGGUUCGGUACUAAUGCAGGACUUGGUGAAUUGAAGCGCGGAGGUCCGGUUGAAUUCAAUCACGCUAUUAGCUAUGUGAAUAAGAUCAAGAACCGGUUUGCGCAACAACCAGAGAUUUACAAGCAGUUCCUCGAGAUCUUACAGACUUACCAACGAGAGUCAAAGCCGAUCCAGGACGUUUACGCACAAGUCACUCAAUUAUUCAUUUCGGCCCCAGAUCUCCUUGAGGACUUCAAACAGUUCCUGCCCGAGUCUGCCGCUCAAGGCAAGGCUCAAGCUGCCCGUGUCAUGAAUCAACAAGAAGAGACCAGCAAUGUUCGAGGCGAACCUGGAUAUGCCAGCACAGCCAUUCCCCAGGCUCAAACGCCGAGGCCUGCUUCAAAAAUGCCGCCCAUGGGUCAGUUUGAUCCACCCAGCACAAGCAAAGACAAUAAAAAACGCCGCGGAGGUCCUGGAGCCACUCUUUCCAAUCAACCGGCGACGCAGCCUGCUGUCGACAACAGUGUCAGUCAGAGCUCACGAGCUGCCCCAGUUCAAGUUGGUAACGCUAGCAAACGCCCAAAACUCACAACCCAGCGUCAGCCGCAACCUGACGUGGUUGUCACCUCACCAUCUCUCGUGCCUCAGCUCCCUGAGCCCCUGCCGCCCUUCCCUAACUCAUCUACCACUCAAGAAGAACUGGCCUUUUUUGAUCGGGCGAAGAAACAGAUCGGCAAUCGCGCCAGUUAUGCCGAAUUUCUCAAACUCAUCAAUUUGUACUCUCAAGAUCUUAUCGACAAAUACACUUUAGGCGACCGAGUGGGGGCUUUUAUCGGUGGUAAUCCCGAUCUAAUGAGUUGGUUCAAAAACUUCCUUGGUAUUGAGGACCAAGAGGAGGUGAUCGAAGCGCGUGUACGGCCUGACCCUGGUCGCGUCAAUCUCUCACACUGCCGCGCCCUUGGGCCAAGCUAUCGUCACCUACCUAAGCGUGAUCAAGACAAACCCUGCAAGGGGCGAGAUGGAAUGUGUUACGAAGUCCUCAACGAUGUCUGGGCUUCUCAUCCAACCUGGGCUUCUGAGGAUUCGGGCUUUGUCGCACACCGGAAGAAUCAAUACGAGGAAGCCUUGCAUAGAAUCGAAGAAGAGCGCCAUGACUACGACUUCCAUAUCGAAUCCUGCCAGCGGACUAUUCAACUCAUGGAGCCCAUCGUACAACAGAUUGGAGUUAUGAAUGAGGCGGAUCGAGCCGCUUUCAUCCUAGCACCGGGCUUGGGUGGCGCAAGCGAAGCCAUCCCGAAGCGCAUCAUCAUGAAAAUAUACGGCCGCGAGGCGGGCGGUACGGUCAUGCGGGAGAUGUUCGCACGCCCCACAGCCGUACUGCCGAUUGUGCUUGCAAGACUAAAACAGAAGCUUGAAGAGUGGAAGCAAGUGCAACGGGAAUGGGAAAAAGUUUGGCGCGACCAGAUCCACAAACAGUUCUGGAGAAGUCUUGACCAUCAGGGAAUCAACGCAAAGAACCUCGACAAGAAGAACUUCCAACAGAAAGCGUUGACGAGCGAAAUCCAGGCCAAAUACGAAGAAGCAAAGAAGAACCGGGACAACGGUAUUGCUGGAAAGAGGCACCAACUCCAGUAUAUUUUCAGUGACUUGGACGUCAUCACCGACGCGACCCGGUUGAUCCUGGUGUCCUUGGAUUCAGACCGGCAACAAACCUUUAAUAGCGGGGAGCAAGAGCGGAUUAGGGGAUGGCUGGUAGAUUUCCUCGUUCGAUUCUACGGUCUUGAUGGCGAGAAAUUCUUGGAGCAAACUGAUAUUGAAUCACUAAGACAUCACCACGAGCAAGACGAAGCUGCUGAUGGCCAUGAUAGCGACGCUCACCCACCAGCCAAAGGUAAAAACCAACGCAAGUCGGACUGGCUUAGGAGGAUGGCGCUUGAGAGGAGACACGGCAAGGAGGACAGCAUUGCUUCAGCCAGCAAAGAAUCGACGCCAGCACCAGGGGCCAGCAGUGAGGUGGAGAUGGACGAAGACGCACCAGUGUCCGAUGUUCCUGACGAGCCUCAACAGCCAUGGAUAAAUGUCGCUAACAGCGAUACAUCUGCCCGCCACCUUGCCAUGGACGAGACAUACCCCCACACAACGUUCAACCUCUAUGCGAACGCCAACAUUUAUUGCUUCUUCAGACUGUUUGAGAUGCUGUACAGCAGGUUGUUGGCCAUCAAACUCAACGAAGCCAACGUCCAAGAAGCCGUUGCAAGACACAAGGGUAUCAAAGGGAGAAUUAAGCCAGCCAUCGAACUCCGUAUGAUCGACAAGGGGCCGGACUACUUUUUCUACAGCAUUGAGGGAAAGCAGAAUUACUAUCAGCAGAUCUUGCAGCUGUGCCAGGAGGUCCUGGUGGGCACUGUCGAUCUUGCUCACCUAGAAGAGACGCUGAGGCGGUACUACAACAAGAGUGGCUGGCAGCUCUACACAAUCGACAGGCUCGUCUCGGCCAUCCUCCGAUUUAUUAUGAACAUUCUCGGUGGAGACGCAAAGGACAAGAGCGUUGAAAUUACCAACCUCUUCCUCCGAGAUCGAGAGCGCCCAGAUACGACUCGCAAGCAGGAAAUUCAGUAUCGAAAGCAGGUUGAACGAUUGUCCAAAGACGCUGAGGUGUAUCGCAUCAGCUACACGCCUGAAGAUCGGCUUUGCACCAUACGCUUAUUCCCAUCGGAAGACGCUACUUUUGAUAGCGACUCUCUCUCAGAUGAAGCCCGAUGGCAAUACUACAUCGCGUCCUACACCAUGACAGACGCAACGGAAGGUGUAGAUCAAUCAAGGAUGCACACUCCGUACCUGCGACGCAACAUUGCUCCUCAGAACGCAAACAUCGAAGCCGCAUACCAAGAAGUGUAUGGCACCCUUGACCACGUCGAUGAGCAGACAGCCUUUAUCAGCCCUGAUUCCUACAAGAUUUUGUUGCAGGGUGAUUUCUUCUUCCUUCGCCGCAGCGAGCUGGAGAAACCGCUGGGGAAGGCAUAUGAAAAAGGCAAAAUCGAGGAGAGCGAGAGAUUCAGGGAAAGGUUUGUGCGCAAUACUGCGUGGAUGAGGGAUCAGAGAGCCGAGGAUGUCGAGCGUAAGAAGGCUGCAUGGGAGAGAGGUGUCAAGGAUGGAUUCAGCGGCUACGAUCUUUGA